AUGGGCCAUGUCGAUUCAAAACAAUUGAGAAAACCCUGGAUUAAAACACCUUUGAUCGAGUUGGCAACACUCUCAAAGGCUGCCGGAUGCUCCUCGGGAGGCAAUGCAGGGCUCGCAGCAGUGAUAGCCGCUCGGGAUCUCGGUUGUUCCUGUACCGUUGUUGUGCCCCUUAGUGCGAAGCCCGCGAUGAUCGAAAAGAUACGCGCUGCAGGGGCUUCGGAUGUUAUCCGCCACGGCGCUAGUUGGUUCGAAUGUGACGCGUAUCUGCGUGCAAAUUUCAUCGAAAACGAAGACAACAAGUCAGAUUCCUCGGCCAGGAACAUUUAUGUCCCACCGUUCGAUCACCAUGAGAUCUGGCGAGGUGCGGGGACUCUGGUCGAUGAGAUGAUUGAGCAGUUACCUCCAAGGCACAACAUGCCCGGCAGAACCGAUACCUCUUCUUCAUUCCCGGCAGAUGCAAUCGUUUGCAGCGUUGGUGGUGGUGGUCUUUUGAACGGAAUUAUUGAAGGCCUUGAGAGGCACUUGCCAGCCUAUCAACCGACAACUCUUUCCCAAAAAGUUCGAAUUCUCGCUGUUGAAACAGCUGGGGCUGAUUCGCUGGCGCACUCGCUGCGUAAGGGCUACUUGGAUCCUCUGCCUGCAAUUACAUCGCAAGCAAUCACCCUAGGGGCACUAUCCGUGGCACAGCAGACGUUGAAAAACGUGCAAUCUCCUCCACCUGGUAUCGAAGUUACUAGUAUCGUGGGGACCGACGCUGAUGCUGCGAUGGGAGUUGUGCGCCUGUGCGAUGAGCUGCGAUUGGAGGUUGAGCUAGCUUGCGGGAUAAGUGUUCAAGUCGGGUUGAAUAGACUGAGGGAAGUCAUGACAGACCUAACACCGGAUAGUCGAGUUGUAAUCAUUGUUUGCGGAGGAAACGAUGUUACUCCUGAAAUAAUCACAGAUUACCGCCAGAAGCUUGAGAAUGGAUGGAAAUGA